AUGAAUCGGAAAUCUCUCCAGGUGAUCACGGCUGCUCCGACCUCUGCUUCGUUCCUCAUCAGCGGUCGGCCGUGGGGAGAAACGGACGAGGACGGUGCCGAUCACGCGCGGCAGGCGGUCUUCCCGGCGCUGGGCAGCCGAGCCUCAUCUCGCCAGGUCGGGACCCCGGCAGCCGAAAGUCAGAACGUCGCAACGUCGCAACGUCGCAACUUCACCACCCCCGUCGGCUCGUCCAAGGCCGCACCUUCCCAUGAUUGUCUCGCGUCACCCAUUCCGGUCACCUCGGUCUUGAUCUCGCGAUCAUCUUGUCCCCCUCCCCUCCCGCGUGGUGACCGAGAUCCUUACGUGUCUGGGUGUGCAGAAUACUCGGUACUCCUCCUUGGUCUCGACAACGCCGGGAAAACGACGCUACUCUCUCAGAUCAAGGCUCUCUACCAACCCCGUCCAGAUGGUACGCCCGCCCCCAAUCCCGGCAAAACGGUCCCCACCGUAGGUCAAAAUGUCGCGACCAUCUCCCUCUCCGACAUGAACUUGAAGAUCUGGGAUGUCGGAGGUCAGAUCUCCAUGCGCGGUCUCUGGCAGAGUUACUACGCCAGUUGUCACGCAAUCAUCUUCGUCGUCGACAGCACCGAUGUAGGCCAAGAUCCCGACAUCAACCGUCUGCCGUCCGUCUCUGGUCGCCAACCCAGCACUGCUUCCGGGUCAGGUUCGUCGCGAGGUAGCGUCAGCGUCGGUGAUCAAUUCUCCGAACACGCGGUCGGGAUCAAUGCCACCGGAAGUGAUUUUGGCCGGCUGGAUGAAUGCCGACAGGUCCUCGAGUCGGUCCUGCAGAACGAAGCGGUGGCCGGGGUGCCCAUUCUGGUCUUGGCCAACAAGCAGGAUCGGGAAGACUGCGUGGAGGUGGUUCGCAUCAAGGAGGGAUUCGUGCGCAAAGUCUUUGAGGGGGAAAAGGGAAGCGGAAUCCGAGACAGUCGCGUGCUGCCGGUCAGCGCGUUACUCGGCUCGGGCGUGCAGGCGGCAGUGGAAUGGGUCCAGAGUCGGGUCCGAUGGAACAAAGAGGGCCGCCCUCCAGUCAUGCGGUAG